GCUUCUCCAUGCUAAACCUUGGCAAACUUCUCUCACCUCUUGCCCACAUCCUCCUCAAAACCCUAGCUUUUCUAUGGCCCUCUGCGCAAAGCUCCGCCACCAACAUCUCCACUCCCGCCUCCUCGUCCGGCACCUCUCCGCGGCAUCCCCCUCCGCUAUCCUUAGCCCAUCCGACCCCUCUGCUCUGCUCACCGCCAAGCAGAAAUCCCGCGCUGCCCUUUAUCUUCUCAGAUCAGAGAACGAACCGUCCCGCAUCGUUGACAUCUGCCGCGCCGCAGCUCUAACACCCACCUCACACCUUGACCGCAACGCCUUCUCCUCUGCCAUCUCCAAGCUCUCAUCUUCCCAAUCCUUCUCUUCAAUCCGCACCCUUAUCGAUGACCUCUUACUUUCUUCUAAAAACCCCAACCCUCGCUUCCUCUCCCAUGCCAUCGUCCUCUUCGGCCAUGCCGGCAUGCUCGACGACGCCCUGCGUGCCUUUCGUUCCUUACCGUCGCCUCGCUCCCUCAACGCCCUUCUGUUCGCCUGCAUUAUAUCCAAUAACCACUCCGAGCUUGCCAAGAUCUUUCGAGAAUACCCCACAAUCUACGGGGUGACUCCUGAUCUUGAGACCUACAACACCGUGAUUAAAUCAUUUGCGGAGUCGGGGACAACAAGAUCAUUCUAUUCGGUGUUUGAUGAAAUGCUGAAGAGAAAAAUUAAGCCUAAUAUGACCACUUUCUGCAACGCACUUGAGGGGUUUUAUAAGGAGCAGAGGUUUGACGACGUGGAGAAAGUGCUAGAGCUUAUGAAGAGGCAUGAUUGCAAUCCGGGGCUUUCCACGUAUAAUGUGAGGAUACUUGGGUUGACCAAACUUGGAAAGUCAGCACAGGCAAAAGAGUUGUUUGGGGAGAUGGUGAAGAAGAAGGUGAAGCCUAGUUGGGUUACUUACAGCCAUUUGAUUGUCGGAUUUUGCAAGGAAGGCAAUUUAGAGGAAGCCAGCAGAUUAUACAAGUCUAUGCGUAGCAAUGGCUGUGUUGCAGAGAGUUGGGUUUACUUCGCUUUGAUGAACCACUUGUGUAAAGGAGGGGACUUUGGGGCUGCUUUGGGUGUCUGCAAGGACACAAUGGUGAGAAACUGGGUGCCAUGCUUUGCUAGCAUGAAGAUGCUGGUGAAUGGGCUUGCAAGUAGCUCCAAAGUGGAUGAGGCGAAGGAUCUUAUUGAGAAGGUGAAGGAGAAAUUUCCAAAAGGUGUUGAUAUGUGGAAGGAGGUAGAAGAGGGGUUGUUGAAGUGAUACAUUUUUAAAAUUGUCAAAGAGGUAUGCCUUGGAUUGGAUAAGAGAUCAUGGCUGUAUAAUUGGGCUAAUUUAUGCUUCAGAUAAUUAUGUUCUUGUGCAUAUCUUAUUGACAACAUUCUGGCGAAAGUUUUUUACGAGAAAACGUAGUUUGGAAAGUAUUAGCAUCUACCUUUUGUAUGGCGUAAUGAUUUUUUUUCUUUUCCAGUUA